AUGGAACCGAUACUCGGUUCGAAAUACUUACUUCUUAUUGGUUAUAAGAAGUAUUUUUUGAGGCGAGGCUAAAAAGAGGCUUGGAGCGCAUUGCAAGUUAAUAGCUUGCUUUUGAUUGGGUAUUUCAGUAGCUGGGAGAAAGGUUGACAUAUAGUGCUUGCUGUUAUUGGAUAGUCUUGCCAGGACAGCGAGGCGUGGAAUUCACUGGAGAGUUGCCCGUCAACAAGGCAGACAGAGGCACAUUGUGUCAUGGCUUACUAGUAAAAUCUUACCGAAUACAGCAAUAUUUUAUUUUUCCUCUUCUAUACGCUUAGGAUAAUAGGAUGUUUUAAUGGUGCUUAAUAUGCGGCUGACGUUUUAAACAUGGAUUGAGCUAAAAGGCCAUGCCAUGUGGUAGGAAAGGACAUUUUAAAAGAGAAGGAAAUAUCAUUGCAAAACUGUUUUGCUGAGUGACCUGCAACGUGUACAGUGGAAAACAACGAAGAACAUUUAAAUUAACUUGUAACCCGGAAGCAAACAGAGGGCAAACUUUCUCAAAGUGUCUGUGUGGCACUUAAUGGGCAUGGGCUGUGAGGUUUCAUGAAGAUGUUGACUGAAAGUAUGGAAAACGCAAUGUCGUAUCCUUAUAUUAUGUAGCUGAAAUCUGUAAUAGUAUUCGAAAGGAAAUAGAGGGCAGUCAGGCAAAUUGGUGCUUAUCAGGCCCUUAUUUGCAAUUUCAGUAAUUAAUAAAUUGUUCCUAGAGAGGCUCACUCCAGGCAUAGAUUCAAUCAUCAUGCCCCCCAAAAAGCCAUUUAGUAACAAGCAGAAGAAAAAACAGCUACAGGACAAAAGAGAGCGAAAGAGAGGGCCAUCAGAGCAAGGCAGGGCUGAAUCGAACAGUCGAAGUGGUAGCAAAGAGCGUUGGGAGGAAAACACAGAUACUUCAGACAGUGAGAGCCUCAGACCCCAAAACAGACAAGUUAAUCAACAGCCCCAGAUAUUUAAACCAGGAGAGAAAAAUUAUGAUCCAAACAGAUAUAGACUCUAUUUUGGAAAAGAGUGCAAAGAGGAAAUUGAACGAAGGAAGAAAAUAGCUCGGGAGAAAAUCCUUGAGCCAGUUCCAGAGUCUGAACUGGAAGUUCACAUAGAUCAAAUCUACAGACCAGGCUCAGUGCUGGACUUUCCUAAGCGACCAGCUUGGACUUAUGAGAUGAGCAAGGAGGCUGUGCAGUCCCGUGAAGAAAGAGCUUUUAAGGAAUACCUGCAGAAGAUUUAUGAAAAUCAUGACCCACAAGAACUUAGUUACUUUGAUCACAAUUUAGAGACAUGGCGUCAACUGUGGAGAGUUUUAGAGAUGUCCGAUAUAAUCCUGUUAAUAACAGACAUUAGACAUCCAGUUCUGCAUUUUUCUCCUGCCCUUUAUGACUACGUGACCCAGGAAUUGGAAAGAUCUAUUGUCCUGGUUCUUAAUAAAACAGAUUUAGCACCUCCAUCACUGGUGGUAGCCUGGAAGCAUUACUUUCAAGCCAAGUUCCCUAAGGUUCAUGUGGUGUGCUUCACUUCAUACCCCCGGCAUCCUGAGGAGGAACAGGACCCCUCUGCAGUAUUUAAGAAACGCAGGAGGAAACGUAGGGUGUGGAGCUCAGCCCUGGGACCCAGUCAGCUUCUGCGAGCCUGUGAGGUUAUCACAGCUGGAAAAGUUGACCUGACAAGCUGGAGAGAGAAAAUAGAGAGAGACUCUGCAGUGUUGUGUAAUCCUGCCAGUGAGGAGGGGGCACAGGAUGAAGAGACUGAUGAGUUGAAUGCUGUUGUCUCCCAUCAAAUCACAGAUGCAGAACUGGGGGCUCCUAGCUGUGAGCUCUAUAAAGACGGAGUACUAAGCAUCGGCUGUGUAGGGUUCCCUAAUGUGGGUAAAUCAUCAUUAAUUAAUGGGCUGGUUGGCAAGAAGAUUGUAAGUGUCUCCCGAACUCCAGGACACACCAAAUACUUUCAGACAUAUUACCUUACACCUACGGUGCGGCUUUGUGACUGUCCUGGACUGAUCUUUCCAUCACUGAUAGACCGGCAACAGCAGAUCCUUGCUGGCAUAUACCCAAUUGCUCAGAUUCAGGAACCGUAUACCUCUGUUGGUUACCUUUCCUGUCGUAUACCUGUUCCUCAGCUGCUUAAAUUACUCCAGCCAAGUGGGGGAGAGGAAGGCUGGACAGCAUGGAACAUCUGUGAAGCCUGGGCAGAUAAACGUGGCUACAAGACGGCAAAGGCCUCUCGCAGUGACACAUACCGCGGUGCUAACAGUCUUCUGCGUCUUGCUGUGGAUGGGCGUCUGUGCUUGUGCAUGAGACCACCAGGAUACUCUCUGCAAAAAGAGGCCUGGCAAAAGCAUCCUGAGACCAAAGAAAUGACUGUCCAUUCCCAGGCCCAAGGUCAGGCUACAAAUGAUCCUUCAUCUGGCCGAGAAGAGGAAGAGGAGGAGAUCUCCAGCUCGGGUGAAGAAGAAGAUGAACAAGAUCGUGAUGCUGAUGAAGAGGAGGAUGCAGAAGAGACCCCCACACAGUCUCAGCAUAAAAGGGGCAGCAAAAGCAAAAUAACUGACAUCAACCCUUAUGAGUUGCUUGGUGAAGAUGAGUGUUAAGAUGAGUAAGGUCAGUGAAGUUUGAGUAUAGUGGUAGCAGACCCAGCUAAGCUGGAAGGCCCAGUUGUGUAAGGGACUCUGGUGUGUAAUAUCAGUAUAAUUGUGCACAAAAGGUCAUUUUGCUAAAGGUUGUGGAGGCUAUAAUAAUAAUAUUCUGUUGUGGGUCCAACGUCCUUGUGGUUCUCCCACUGGGUGAGGUUAGGGGGUAGCUUUUAAAAUAUAGUGUUAAUAUGAAGUUGGGUCGCCCUCCAAGCCUCAUUUUCUGCCUCAUCUCAGUAGCCUAGGAAUCCGCUCAGUUCCACUGUGACUUUAUAUUGGAGAAUAGCUUAACAAAUAGGGUGAUAUUUUUGUAUAAUAGAAUAUUUCCUUACUUCAUUCAGACCUCUUUCACACAUGGACUGCAAACAAGUGAGCCAGGUCUGAGUAAGUCCAUCUAAUAGUCUGCUCAUUUAAUGAAGAAUACAUCCAUUUACUUUGAGACUGUGAAGGAUCAGACAUAGAUGGAUACUGCACAUUUGAGACAUAGACGGAUAACACACACGUGCAGCACAAUCCUUUCUUUUCUCAGCAAAAUUAAAGUGUCUCAUUCUUCAGCUUUCUCAGAUCAGAAUCAGUUGUGUGAAAGUCUUUUUGGUGGGAAAGUGGCCACAAAAGGCUCAGUGUAAACAAAUAGCUAGUAUUCUACAAGAAUAAUACAUUUGUAUGGUUACUUUGAAGUUUAUAAAAGUUUCUCUGUGAAUUUUAGCAGUGAAUGAGUUGAUUUUGAGGACAGAAUCCCGCUAAUGUGUGCCCUUUGUUGAUUUUGGCUUGACCGGGUCUUUUUUUUUUUUUUCUUUUUUUUUUUUUGCUUUAACUCCAAAUAUGUAAUGGAAUUUGUUGGAAUACUGUGCGGGAUUCAAUUAAUAAGAUUGCAGUGAAGAAUAAAGAAUGUAUAUUGCAGUGCCUCUGCCAUGCCUAUAAACUCUUCUCUAUAUCUGACAAUAGUACUACAUAACCAUGGGCCAUUCAUUCCCUUUAAAGGUCCAAUAAACACAAAGGACCUGUGGAUUAUGUAUAUAUAAAUCAUUGUUCCCAUGGUCUGACCACCUUGCUGUCUAGUAUAUGGUAAUGUAUGGAGCUGAUUGAGGCCCAUUUAGGCUGAUUGGAAGUAAUGGCAGGAGGUUAAAGGGUUACAGUGAAUCUGGAAAAUUGACCUUGUAAAUGAGCAAAAAUGGUUCUUCACAUAAUAAAGCACACUCCUUUUGAUGAAAUAUUCUGUUGUUCCCUGGAUAUUCAGCUUUGAAUCACCAUUAUAUUAGGUGUCCCAGUUGGAACUACACUUAAUUCUUUCAGUAAAGCAGAAGCAGGUGCUUAUCCAUGGGCAAUGAGCUGAUAUAAAGUGGCAAAGAGCUUGCUUAACUAUAAGAAGUGUGUGCCAUUCCUGUUAUCACACUUGACUCCCAUUCCUUAUCAGAGCCAUAUCUAAUAUGUAUUUUUUUCUGACAAUCUCUUGAAUCAUUACAUUGAACGUUACUGCUGGGCAUCUUCUAUAUUUUGUAUUUUACUUGAGGCAUGAACUGGGAAUACUGUGGGUACAAAUUUAGGGACCAGCCAGCAUCUGUACAAAGUAUUAUUGUUGCGUUGUCUCAAUUCUCAGUAUUCCAAGUAUUUUUCUGUGAUUUCCUUAUGAAAGAUGUUUAUUUGCUGAAUUUGUGACAACAAAAUUGGCCUACAUUCCAUUUUGAAAGAAUGGGGCAAUGCAGUAUGAGCACUAGCUGUCUCUUUUCCUCAUCUUUUCCUUACCUAAACUUCUAGCUCAGCCAUGUUAGUACCAGCCUACACUUCUAAUUUGCAUCAGAUGUCUAUUUUGCUGUAUACAUAAUAAAUGCAAAUCUAUUUACUGA